AUGUCUUUCUCAUCCAAAUUGCCAUUGGUUCUGUUCUUUAGUUCCCUUUUUAUCCAUGCAUCCUUGGCUGAAGUUGUAUGUGAGGAGUUGCCAAAGGAUGUAUGUGCUUUCUCCAUAGCUUCUUCAGGGAAGCGGUGUUUGUUGGAGACGGCAACCACGGCGGAGGGCGGCGUGGAAUACCAGUGCAGGACAUCAGAAGUGGUGGUGGAGAGCAUGGCAGAAUACAUAGAGACAGACCAAUGUGUGGACUCAUGUGGGGUUGAAAGGAAGUUUGUUGGCAUUUCUUCUGAUGCAUUCCUUGAGCCACAAUUCACUGCCAAACUUUGUUCCCCACCUUGUUACCAUAAGUGCCACAACAUUGUGGACCUUUACUUCAAUUUGGCUGCUGGGGAGGGGGUGUUUUUACCGGACCUCUGUGAAAAGCUAAGGACCAAUCCUCGUCGUGCUAUGGUGGAACUUGUGAGCUCUGGAGCUGCACCUGGCCCUGUUUCUGAUGCGUCAGAAGACAUGCAAGCAGCACUUGCCCCUGCUCCUCAAUAA